UGGAAGUAAAUAGAGAAGUGGGGCUUCACUUCACGACAUGAAUCCAUAAGGCCAAAGCAGAUCUUCUUGUUCUCUCUUUCUCUUCCCAAGCUCUUAUUCCCUUCGCAAGAGAUGGAACUAGCCUUGUGUCUAGGUGACAAUACUAACAAGUUCUCUUUCAUGGAGAAGCCCUCGAAGACUAAUAAUAACCCCUCUGCCUCAUCGACCUCAACUUCCGACAAGGAUCUUGGGUUCAACAUGGGUUUAGAUGUACUUGGUUUUGGUGGUCACAGAUCGUUGUCAUCCUCAUCGUCUCCGUCGGCAGAAGAUGAGAAGAAGAAAAAUAAGAGGAAACCAACGCCGAAAGCAAAUGAUUCUGAUGGAUUUAGGGUUUCGUCUUCCGUAGAUCCGUCACUACAGCUUCAGCUUCACUUCCCUUGGCUCCCUGAGAAUAGUCGGCGAGGAGGAAGGAUGCUCUCAGGAGCAGCUACGGUGCCUGAGGAGGAAGAGGAGGCAGCGCUUAGUAUGUCAGUGUCCCCGCCUGAUAGCGUAACGUCGUCGUUUCGGUUGGACUUUGGGAUUAAAAGUUAUGGUUAUGAGAGAAGAAAUAAUAAGAGAGAUAUCGAAAACGAUGAGGUUGAGAGAUCUACUUCAAGAGCCAGCAACGAAGACAACGAUGACGACAACGGAGCCACCAGGAAGAAACUAAGGCUCUCUAAAGACCAAUCUGCUUUUCUUGAAGAUAGCUUCAAAGAACACAGCACCCUUAAUCCUAAGCAAAAGAUUGCGUUGGCAAAGCAGUUGAAUCUUCGACCUCGUCAGGUUGAAGUUUGGUUUCAAAACAGACGAGCCAGGACAAAGCUGAAGCAAACGGAAGUGGACUGUGAAUACCUAAAGAGAUGCUGUGAGUCACUAACCGAAGAAAACCGGAGGCUUCAAAAAGAGGUUAAAGAAUUGAGGGCCUUGAAGACUUCUUCUCCUUUCUGCAUGCAGCUUCCAGCCACCACUCUCACUAUGUGCCCUUCCUGCGAACGCGUUGCUACCUCAGUUUCACAACCCUCCACGUCAGCUGCACACAACAUCGACUUGUCCAAGUCAUCAUUUCACAGUCCUUUGAUUCCGGUUAAGCCUGGGACGGGAAAACAAGUUUCAUGAAAGCACGUGCGGAAUAAAUGGUUACAGUUUGAGCAAUGGCUGAGUGGUUUAAAUUGGGUCUUCAACUGUGUAUAUAUUAAGAUUUAUUUUCCAUAGUAGUUGAGACCGUCUCCUAUUUUGAAAGACGUCUAGAAGAAUGAUUACCGGUUAGUGUUUGGUUUUCUUUUGGAUUUUUUUUUUCGGCAUUGUUUUCGUUUGGUAGGACCGGUUAAAGCAGAUAGAAGAAAAUGGUUUGACAUGUUUAUUGAGUGAAAGAGAACAAAAAAAAAUUAUAUGCUUUGAUCUAUUAAUACUUUGUAAA